GGAAAACAUUUGAUGCGUAUUCAGAGUGAAAACACCGUUUUCAAAUUUCUCAGGCGUAGUGUGAACGGGGCUUCAGUCACUAAACGCUUCUUUUGGUGCUGUGUCGCCAUUAAGGCAUGUUUUGGCGUGAGUGAGCAUACGGCCAUAGACUGCGAGCAGUCUCUCUUUUCCUCGAAAAUCCAUGGGGAAGAACGCAAAACAAGGAAGCGUGCGAGCGUGACUCAUGACUGUGAGCGUGACGUGCGAGUGGUGAUGCCGCGAGCUGCUAGUGGCGCGGGCGUCGUAAGACGAGCGAAAAGAGAGUACGUCACGCUCACAGUCACGCUCGCACGCUUACUUGUUUUGCGUUCUUUCCCACUGAUUUUCAAGCUCGCAGUCUAAUACGGCCAUAAAUAUUCCUCACGUUUUUCUUGUAGUAUGCUAGGGAGCUUGUGAUCUCAUCUUGCAGUGUUUUUCUUGCAGGUUUGGGAUGGCAAUUGCCCACGAAGACAUCAUUGCGAUAUUCAACAAAGUGAAAUUUCCUUACAACAUCAGUAAGCCUACAGCAGCCAUAGCUCACAAGGCUCUGGAUAAUAUACACCUCAUGGAGGCUAACGCGAAGAGUAUUCUUGAACAAAAACAAAGGAUCAUCGAGGAAUUGAAGAAACUUCCAACAGUGAGAAAGAUUUUCCCAUCGGACAGCAACUUCAUCCUACUGAGGAUAGAUCACGCCCAAAAAAUCUACAAGAAAAUGGCUUCAGAGAAAGGAGUUGUGAUUCGCUACCAAGGCAACAAAAUCCACUGUAAAGAUUGUGUGAGAAUUACUGUUGGUACACCGGAGCAAAAUCGCGUCCUCUUAGAUACCCUGAAGAAAACAGUGGCUGAAAUUGGAGACACUCAAAAUGGUUGUAUAUAAAGCAGGUUCAACGCCGCCACAUUGGUGUCCAACAUGGCCGCUAUGACGUCAUAGAACGCUCUUUUAACUUACGCUGGGUCGAAUUUCGUUCUGCCACUUGAUUGACUGUAUUUAAAUAGGAGUCUACACGGUCCCUUAUUCAUAGUUGUAGCCCCGUGUAAGAUAAUAAUUACGACAAAGAGGAGUCGGAAUUUUUGGUUUUUCUGGCCAAUAAUAGCACCGUGUAACCUCAAAAGCAUGCUAGUACUAAAAACGAGACACAAACAAACAAACAAACAAAAUAAAAACAAACAAAAAAACCAAUAUUAUUUUAACAAGCUAGGUUUCCCGAAUUUAAGUAGGUGAUAUUGUCACUCAUGUAAAAAAAUUUCAGCUUUUCUGUUUGGUUCUCCUUCACUGUCGCUAGUUCAGAAUAACGAUAUAUUUUUUCAUGUUCAGUGAAUCUGUAAGAUUCCAUUGAAACUGCUAAUUAUUGUGUUCCAUCUGCAGUUGGCUCUGUUUUUCACCUUCUUUCUGCCAUGUUUGAGCUAACCUCACUCAAUGCUAUGUAUGACGAAUUUCUUUAUUUCCUUCUAGAUGAGUUCUUUUGCUCUUGAGGGAAGCUUUCUCAUAAAAAAAUAUGUUGAAAUUAAGAAAGUCAGGACGAUAAUGUCAGUUAUAACGUAUUCUCAUUUAAUUGUUCAAUAACGCAGGUUUCUCUUUCAAGUUUCUUAGCGUGUAUUUCAGUAACAGAAAAACAACAAUCAAUUUUAAUAUCGCAACAGGGUUUGGUAUUUAAUGUUUUUAUUUUGUCCGUAGUAGACUUCACGUCUAUAAAAUCAUAGUUUCAAAAUAACGACAUGUAUUGUUUGUGCAAUGAAAGCCGUGGUAUAACGGCCGAAAGCAUGUUUGAAUAAAGUUAUUUAUUCCUUCGUGA